AUGAAUUGCGCCUUCUUUCGGUUCAAAGACGGCGCCACAUCAUCCCAGUCGCUCGCUGCUCGGCCCGAGCUAGAACAGGCACUUGAAAUAACGGCCUCUACGAUCACUAACCUGUAUCAAUCCACCGCAGCUACUCCCAAUCCGGAAGGCGAGCGAGGGGAUACCAGUAUCCCAUCACCCCCAAACCCGCCCGACACCGAACAGACAAGCUCAGCCGACGUCACCACCACGCCAGCCAACGACCAGGAGACGAUCCAGCCCACCAGUCCACCUCAUCAGCCCAGCGAGCUCCCAUUCGGCUACACACUGACAUUCGACGACGACGACACCUCAUCGCACGAAGAAGAGGGGCGCUCCAUCAUCUCCACCUACAAUACGCCUUCGCCCACCGCCUUCCCCACCAUCCAACCCCCCUUCACCUACUCCUUCCACGAACCCACCUUCGGCGCCCGCCUCGAGCGCGCCGCCCUCGAACGCGCCUUCCACGUUCUCUCAACCGCCUCAAUACGGCCAGCCGAGUACCAGCGCCUCUUCCGCAUCUGCCGCCACUUCACCACCCACGCAUCCCUGCUCUCCCUCAUCACCACUGCCCUAAGCUCCCCCGCCAUCCGCCCCUUCAGCGCGCUAACGCUACACCUGGGCGGCGCGGGUCUACACUACUUCCACGACUUCUCUGCUUCCUCCUCCUCCUCCUCCUCCUCCCCCUUCUCCGCUGCCUCCUCCUCCUCCUCUUCUGCCCCCUCCGCCGACAUCGACGUCGACAUCGACGUUGACAGAGGGUCGGUACCACUAAUCCCCCGCACCCCGGCCGACAACAUCCGCACCGCCCGCGCCGCGCUGCGCGGCCUCGGCCUGCGGCCGACGCCGGCGCUGGAGGCCGACGUUGCACUGUACGCGGGCGUGUGGUUGAACAGCCACGACGUCGAGCGGUGGCUGGCGGGCGCGCUGGGCGUGCGGGGCGACGGUGUUGUCGGACCGCGGGAGUCGGUGGUCAAGGUAGAGAGGGGUGUGCUGGAGCGUGUGGUUGGAGGAGGCCUGCAGCCGCAGCCUGCGGCGGGGGAGGAGGAGCAGCAGCAGGAGGAGGAGAUGACGAUGCAAGGCCUGCUGGAUGGCGAGUGCGAGAUUGCUGUGCAUAGUUUCAGGGGGGCUGUGGAGGGGGUUGGAGAGGGCGUUACUGUCCAGCUCGCAGAGGAGCUGGGCGAUGACGAGUGGGAUCGCUUCUGCGAUGUGUCUACGCCGUGGAUGGUGGUGGACGAGGGCGGCGCGGAGGAGGUGGUAAACCCGGCGGUGGGAGGGGGAGAAAGGGUUGCGGUUGAUUUGGAUAGGUUCAUUAAAGGCGGGCCGGAUGUGUUGGAAGUGGCCCAGGAUUCCAUCUUGAAGAUGUACACUCAGCACUUCGUAGUGCAGUCAUUAGCCUGUAGUGCUUAG